AUAAAUUAAUACUUUCAUAAAGUGUUUUGUAGAAAAAUACUGUAAAAAAUCUACCCCAAAUGUAUCCUAAGAUACUUACGGGUAUCAGGCAUUGGCAUCAGGAAAGUGAAACUUCCACCCCUCAUUUGAGGCGCGCGACCAUUAAGUCGCAAGUUGGUGGAGUUCACGGCGGUGGCAGAGCUCGAAACCCUGACCUCCGCCUCACCCAAGCCCUAAGGCUUGGGGGCCAACCAAUUGGGCCCCAGGCCCGGUUUGCGAUUGUGAGUAAAAAUUCUAGAGGUAGAGACUGCCAAGACAGUUUAAAGCUAUUGGACAUGGAGGAGAGACUUCUCCCUGAAAGAAAAGAGAGCUUGAGGGUGAGAGUUUGGGAGGAAUCAAAGAAGAUAUGGAGGGUUGCAUUUCCUGCCAUGUUAGCUCGAGUAUCGGGUUUUGGAAUGUUUGUUGUCACUCAGGCGUUCAUCGGACACAUCAGUGAGUUGGGAAUGUCUAGUGCAACUGAGACGCUAUGCGGGCAAGCAUUCGGGGCAAAGCAAUACCACAUGCUUGGAAUUUACCUUCAAAGAUCAUGGAUUAUCAACCUCUGUACAGCAACAAUCCUUCUGCCAGUAUUUAUCUUUGCGGCGCAAAUUUUCAAAUUAAUUGGAGAAGAAGAAGAAAUAGCAAACAGUGCGGGGUACAUUUCCUUAUGGUUCAUCCCAGUUCUCUACUCUUUUUCCUUCAGCUUUACCAUCCAGAAGUACUUGCAGACACAGCUUAGGAACAGAAUAAUCGCAUGGCUGUCUGCAGCAUCAUUUGUGCUUCAUGUUUUCAUGUCCUGGCUCUUUGUCCUCAAAUUCAAUUGGGGGAUUCCUGGUGCAAUGAGUUCAAUGAUCAUAGCAAAUUGGUUGGUGAUAAUUGGAGAGUUCGUAUACAUCUUUGGGGGUUGGUGUCCCAAUACCUGGAAAGGGUUCACAGUUGCAUGCUUUUCGGAUUUGCUUCCUGUAGUAAAGCUCUCCAUAUCCUCAGGAGUGAUGCUCUGCUUGGAGUUAUGGUACAAUGCAAUUCUAGUCCUCCUAGCAGGAUACAUGAAAAAUGCUGCAGUCGCGAUAGCUGCCUUCUCUAUCUGUCUUAAUAUCAUAGCUUGGGAGUUCAUGCUCUGUCUUGGCUUCCUUACUGCUUCUAGCGUUCGAGUUUCGAAUGAAUUGGGGAGAGGAAAUGCCAACGCUGCGAAGUUUGCAAUCAAAGUCAUAGUAUGUACUUCAAUUAUUAUGGGAGUGUUCUUCUGGGCUCUAUGUUUAAUAUUUGGUAAACAAAUUGGCUACUUGUUUACAAGUGAAAAAGAAGUAGCAGAAGCUGUGUCCCAGCUCUCUGUCCUGCUUUCUUUCUCAGUUCUGCUCAACAGUAUUCAGCCAGUGCUCUCAGGCAAGUAUAUUAGAAAUUGGUAACCUUCUAGUUCUUUACAAGGAUACCUUGAGCUUGUACAAAUAGGGGUAGCAUUUUUCCCGAUCCCUAUGAUUGUUGCCAAGGGAAGAAAUAUUCUUCCCUGUGGAGGGGGAAUGGGACAAUUUUUCCCUUGAAAUUUCGAAGGU